AAUGCCCUUCGGGAUGAAUUCCCUGCAUCCCAAAGGAUGGAGGGGGCGUGGAAUGCGGCGCCAACCACUCAGAGAAGUUUUGCCUCGGGACCAGCCCGGUGUGGAAGCGCUGGCACCUGAAGUGACCUGGAUUUGUGCCACCUGCCUUUGCCUCCUGCUGCCCCCGGGCCCGUGGCUCCAGGUCCCAAUUAAUGGAUUCUGACAUGGAUUAUGAGAGGCCAAACGUAGAAACCAUCAAGUGCGUCGUGGUCGGGGACAACGCGGUGGGCAAGACCCGGCUCAUCUGUGCCCGUGCCUGCAACGCCACCUUGACCCAGUACCAGCUCCUCGCCACCCACGUGCCCACGGUGUGGGCCAUCGACCAGUACCGCGUCUGCCAGGAGGUGCUGGAGCGCUCCCGGGAUGUGGUAGAUGAUGUCAGCGUGUCCUUGCGCCUCUGGGACACCUUUGGUGACCACCACAAGGACAGGCGCUUUGCCUACGGCAGGUCCGACGUUGUGGUUUUGUGCUUCUCCAUUGCCAACCCCAACUCCCUGCACCAUGUGAAGACCAUGUGGUACCCGGAGAUCAAACACUUCUGCCCCCGCGCCCCCGUCAUCCUGGUGGGCUGCCAGCUCGACCUGCGCUACGCCGACCUGGAGGCCGUCAACCGGGCACGGCGACCCCUGGCCAGGCCAAUUAAACCUAACGAGAUCCUUCCCCCGGAGAAGGGCAGGGAGGUGGCCAAGGAGCUGGGGAUCCCUUAUUACGAGACGAGCGUGGUGGCCCAGUUUGGCGUCAAGGACGUCUUUGACAAUGCCAUCCGUGCCGCCCUCAUCUCCCGCCGCCACCUGCAGUUCUGGAAGUCCCACCUGCGCAACGUGCAGCGGCCCCUGCUCCAAGCCCCCUUCCUGCCCCCCAAGCCCCCUCCUCCCAUCAUCAUCGUCCCGGACCCCCCUUCCAACAACGAGGAGCGUCCGGCCCACCUGCUGGAGGACCCCCUGUGCGCGGACGUCAUCCUGGUGCUGCAAGAGAAGAUCAAAAUCUACGCACACAAGAUCUACCUCUCCACCUCCUCCUCCAAGUUUUACGACCUGUUCCUCAUGGACCUGAGCGAGGAGGACCAGCAGAGCAGCGCGGGGCACGGCUUCGGGGCGGCCGUCACGGCGGCCGCCGAGCGGAUGCUGCACCAGGAGGAGAGGCACCACGGGCGGGAUUUCCUCCUCAGGGCCGCCAGCUUCGACAUCUGCGAGAGCGCCGAGGAGGCCGGACCCGGCCAGCGCAAACCGUGCCUUAGAGCCUCCACCAGUGACGGGAUCCUGCGGGGCGACCGCUACGAGAACGGCGAGCGCGGGCUGCAGCGCGGCCGGAACCUCUCCUCGUGGAGCAGGGCCUUCACCAGCAUCCAGGAGGAGAUGGCCGAGGACCCGCUGACCUACAAGUCCAAGCUGAUGGUGGUGGUGAAGAUGGACGCGUCCAUCCAGCCGGGGCCUUUCCGGGCCGUGCUGAAGUACCUGUACACGGGCGAGCUGGACGAGAACGAGCGGGACCUGAUGCACAUCGCUCACAUCGCCGAGCUGCUGGAGGUGUUCGACCUGCGCAUGAUGGUGGCCAACAUCCUCAACAACGAGGCGUUCAUGAACCAGGAGAUCACCAAAGCCUUCCACGUCCGGAGGACCAACCGGGUGAAGGAAUGCCUGGCCAAGGGGACUUUCUCGGAUGUCACCUUCGUGCUGGAUGACGGUGCUAUCAGUGCCCACAAGCCCCUGCUCAUCUCCAGCUGCGACUGGAUGGCCGCGAUGUUCGGCGGCCCCUUCGUGGAGAGCUCCACCAACGAGGUGGCACUCCCUCACACCAGCAAGAGCUGCAUGCGGGCGGUGCUGGAGUACCUGUACACGGGGCAGUUCAGCUCCAGCCCCGACCUGGACGACAUGAAGCUCAUCAUCCUCGCCAACCGCCUCUGCCUGCCGCACCUGGUGGCUCUCACAGAGCAGUACACGGUCACCGGCCUGAUGGAGGCGGCGCAGAUGAUGGUGGACAUCGAUGGGGACGUGCUCGUGUUCCUGGAGCUGGCUCAGUUCCACUGCGCCUACCAGCUCGCCGACUGGUGCCUGCACCACAUCUGCACCAACUACAACAACGUCUGCCGCAAGUUCCCCCGCGACAUGAAGGCCAUGUCGGGAGAGAACCAGGAGUACUUCGAGAAGCACCGCUGGCCGCCGGUGUGGUACCUGAAGGAGGAGGAUCACUACCAGCGGGCGAAGAAGGAGCGGGAGAAGGAAGACUACCUCCACCUCAAACGGCAGCCCAAGAGGCGCUGGCUCUUCUGGAACGCCUCCUCCUCCCCUUCUUCCUCUCCUUCAUCGUCGGCAGCCACAGCCUCCUCUUCCUCCUCCUCCUCCUCCUCCUCGGCUGUGGUUUGA